AUGUUAAUGUCAGUUCUUCCAGGUGCUCCUGUUGUUUUUAUCAUUUUGGUGACACUGGUGCUGUUGUUGGCUUUACUGGCAGCUGCUGUUUGCAUUUUUGGCUGUAUUAUAUUUUUGAAGAACAAGGAUUCACAUAAAGAAACGCCCUCCUCAGACAGCUCAACAUGUGCAAAGGGUAAACUGGAGUGGGAUCCCAUUCAAGAGCCUAAGAGGGUCAUCAUCAUUUAUUCUCUGGACCACCCCCUGUACAAAGAAAUCAUCUUAAAGUUGUGUGCCUUCAUGAGGGCUAAAUGUGGCACAGACAUCACUCUGGAUCUCCUGGACUCCGCCUGGCUCAGCACAAUCGGCAGAAUUCAGUGGCUGGAUAUGCAAAGGGAACGAAUCUCCAAGUCCUCAGAUAAAGUCCUGAUCUUGUGCUCUCCAGGCGUACAUGCCAAGUGGAAGGCCAUGUGCGGUGAGCACAAAGUGAGACUGAAGGAGGAUGAACGUUCCCCCAUAGGAGACAUGCUCACGCCGGCUCUGAGCCUCAUUAUACCGGAUUUUGUUCAUGCUUCAUCUUUCCACAAGUACAUGGUGGCUUAUUUUGAUGACGUGUGCAGUGAGGAUGAUGUUCCGGCACCUUUUAACGUCGUGGUGAAGUACAAACUCAUGAAGCACUUUGAAGAACUUUACUUCCGAAUCCUAGACAUGGAAAAACAUGAGCCAGGACAGAUUAAGUGCAUUGAAGGCAUUAGGGAGAAUGAUUACAUCUGCUGUCCAUCAGGACAAGGGCUUCGGGAUGCUAUUGAAGCUUUUAAAAAUUACCAGCUGAAGAAUCCAAAUUGGUUUGAAAUGGAGCUUUUGGACACUGAUGAUGAAGAAGAGGAAACCAUCUUGGAGUCAACAUUUCCUACAGACAUUAACUAUAGCUCUGUCACUGAAUGCCAUCAGCUGAUUGAAGGGCAUAAAGCUCAUACAUUUGUCAAUACGAUUAAGCAUCAGAAUGAUGAACAUGUUUUAAAGUCUUCUAUCGCAGAGACAGCCAUAAUACUCAGCGAGAAUUCUUCAGUUCUAACCACAGAUGCGCAUUCCAGUGGUCCAGUACUGAGUAGCUUUACAGCUAUUAAUGUGAAAGGUUUACCAGCAACUAAACCUUUGGCACAACAUGCUUUAUGCUUACAGGCUCUGUGAAUCGGUCUAAAAUUAAGCUUGACAUCAUCAGACUACUGUAACUAUUACACUUCUGUUAUAUAUUAUA